AUGGACAUAGAUGCUGAACGAGUGUGUAAAUCGUGUCAUGGAUGCCAAGUAGUCAGCCAGUAUAAUGUACCGGAACCCAUGAAACGGACCGAGAUGCCUACAGGCCCAUGGCAAGAUGUCGCAGUAGACUUGAUGGGGCCAAUGCCAACCGGAGAUUACUUGCUGGUAGUCGUGGAUUACUAUAGUCGAUACUACGAAGUUUCCAUUAUGCACUCAACAACUUCAGAAAAGAUUAUCAAAGCGCUAAACGAAAUUUUUGCUAGAUUUGGUUUUCCUUACUCGUUGAAAUCAGACAACGGGAGACAGUUUGUUAGUGAGGAGUUCAAGAGGUUUUUACAACAAGUGAAUAUUGAACACAGAACGUCACCACCACUUUGGCCACAAGCUAACGGUGAAGUGGAGCGCCAAAAUCGCACUCUUCUCAAGGCACUAAAAGUGGCCCAAGUUGAAGGCAAGGAUUGGAGAAAGGAGUUACCACAAUUCCUUCUUGCGUAUAGAACAACACCGCAAGUCACAACUGGAAAAACACCAGCGUUCCUUAUGUUCAAACGUGAACUGAGAAGUAAACUUCCAGAACUUAGGGGAGAUAUAGACGACUUUGAUGAGAACAUAAGGGAUCGCGAUUGGCGAAACAAGCUAGUACAAAAAGCUAAUGCAGAUGAAAAAAGGAGGGCAAAUGAUAGCACUAUUCUACCAGGAGACCAAGUACUACUACGGAACACUAAAACGUCAGGGAAGUUAGCUGCCAACUACGAAAAGGAGCCGUAUACGGUGGUCACGAAGGAGGGGAACGAAGUGAUGGUAGAGGCGGACGAUGGCUCGAUCUUUAGGAGAGACAGUUCAUUUGUAAAACCAUAUAAUAAUCCAGUGGAGACAGCUACGGAAAGCGAGUCCCAACAACAGCCGCAACCGGAUAGCGAAACGGUUAUCACCAAUAGACUUAAGCGGGAGAUUAGAUUACCCGAGCGAUUCAAUGAUUUUAUCAUGGACAAACCAAAGUGA